AUGCAUGGGCUUCCCUUGUGUCCCGCCUCGAUAGCCGCGCUCCUCGUCCCAACAUUCACGGCAGCCAUGCCUUCCGUGCCGCCUUUGCCGGACCAGCAAGACAUUGCUGAAAUAAGCUACACAGGUGACAAGGUAAGCCUGCCUUCGGCAUCAACUCACAUCAGACUUCUCGAACUCUAUCCGUCGACACACGGAUUUGACGCCGCAUCCGCAUCCACAUCCGGAGCACGCAGCAGUACAGACGAAAGUGAUUCUGACAACGCGUCGUCUCACUACUCGAGCCCCCUCAAAUGCGCCAUAUCGACGACUCCGAUCGCCGCCCCGCGGCUAUUCAAAGCGCUGUCAUACACCUGGGGUACGUCAGGCGCAACUCACAGCAUUGACGUCGAGGGCGCGCACUUUCGCAUCACGGCCUCUCUCGACACGGCGCUGCGACACAUUCGUCGUAAAGAUGAGUCCGUCACGCUCUGGGUCGACCAGAUCUGCAUCAACCAAGAGGAUGGUGCCGAAAAGAGCAAGCAGGUGGUUCUCAUGACCCAGAUUUAUAGCAAGGCGGACCAGGUCAUUAUCUGGCUGGGCCCGGCAGAGAACAACUCCGAUGCCCUCAUGGAGUGCUUUCAAGAGAUCGGGCAAGAGGCUCGUGACCUGGACGUCCAGAGCUAUCUCACCAAGGAGCGUCUGCCGCUGUUGCACCGGAUUAUGAGGAACGAGGACCCAGAAGACCCAGUGACUAUCCAGUACCGGCCACUGAUAAUCAAAGCCGAGGCCAAAUUCAAACAGCUCUUACAUGAGAUGAUUGCUUGGAACGAGAGAGAGUGGUUCACUCGGGUUUGGGUCAUUCAAGAGCAAGCUCUCGGUACCGACCCGGUCUUUCUUUGCGGUUACAAGACGGUAAACAUAGAUUUAAUUCCCUUGGCCACGCUGAUAUGGGACUUGUGCAUCUCGGAGGAGACAUUUAAAGUGCCUACUGAAGCCAGCGAAUUUAGGCGCCUUCUGCUUAAGGCCCAAGACCGUCGCUUCAGUCCUUUGAUGGCUGUCAGACGUAGGCGCCGCAACCUCGUCAAGGGCGUGGGUCCGGGAGACGACUUCUAUCACGUCUUGAAGAGAGCAUACGUCGAUGGGGACGCCCAAGCGACACGAAGUCGAGACAGAAUCUACGGAUUGCUCAGUCUCGCUACCGAUGCGGAAAACCUGGGGAUUACCCCAGAUUAUGUCACCGAGGAGAGCCAUCCCACCUUCAUCGACGCAGCUCACGCUCUCGUUCGUGUCGGUUGCGUAGAGAUGCUCUCGUUCUCGCAAUUCCCCAAGGAUAUCGAAGGCUUGCCAUCCUGGGUGCCAGACUGGAGACCGACGCUGUCUCACUCGUACUUGAACGGCUUUGAGGACGCAGACGAUCUCAUCGUGCAGGCUGCAGGCGAGAGCGCGAUGGAGCUGGCACCCACGGACGACCGUGGCGUGCUCGGCAUAUGCGGUGUGACUGUUGACACCAUCGAAACAACAGGCGACGUGUGGGAGUGGGAAACCGGCCACGAAAGCCGCUACAAACUUCUCCAGACGAUCAAAACCUUGUGCGAGGAGGCCGCGGCAAAGGGGGCGGGCCACGAAAUCUACGAAAAUAGCGACAGGCAGGCGGAGGCCAUGUGGCGGGUGCCCGUGGCAGAUCUGUACUGGACCAAGGGGUCCAACUAUCAUCGACCCGGUGCAGCCAUCAAGAGCGACUACGAGGACUGCAUGAACGUCCUCAGGAUAAUCUCCCUGACGUUGGAGGCCUUUCCCCCAGAGGAACGCCAUCAGCUUUUGGACGACCUCUACAAACAGAUUCCGGGGCAAUGUAACUACAGCGAGAACAUGGACAUGAUGACUGGCAAGCGCCCAUAUAUGACGCGGCAGGGCUACUUGGGCAUGUGUCCGGGCGAGGCGUGCCCGGGUGACGUGGUGGUGAUCCUAUUCGGCUCUCGGAUCCCGUACGUUCUGAGACCGUCCGGAGACGGGACCAUGUAUUGUUUCGUAGGGGAGGCGUACUGCGAUGGAGUCAUGGACGGCGAGUUGUUGACUAAGCGGGCGAAAACGGCGUUCCUGAUUGCUUGA